GCCCUAUUUCUACAUCGAUUCACAAGCCUCGAUCAAAGCCCUAAUUUUCUCUAAAAUUCUCUCCCAAUUCCAUCACUGAUUCCUCUCCGAUCUCGUGCGAGGUGGUUUGAUUGGGGUUUUCAUGGUGUUCUAGGGUUCCCUGGAGGUGUUUCGUUUGUGAUUUCUUGGUUUUCUAGGGUUUUCUUGGAUCAUAUAUAUGCAGUGAUGUCUUUGUUCACGGAAAGCAGCGAGCUUGUGGAGAUCCGAGAUGUAUGGGAGGAAAACCUCGAGGAGGAGUUCAUGCUGAUUCGCCAGGUCGUUGAUUCGUAUCCCUACGCUGCCAUGGACACCGAGUUCCCCGGCAUGGUGACCCGCCCGGUCGGCAACUUUCCAUCUACCUCCGAUUACAACUAUGCUUCUCUCAAGGGUAAUGUCGAUAUGCUGAAGCUCAUCCAGCUUGGCCUCACCCUCUUCAACGAGUCUGGCCACCUCCCCACCAUCGAUGGCGGCCGUGGUAUUGUCUGGCAGUUCAACUUUCGGGAUUUCGAUCCAUCCCGUGAUAUGUGUGCUCAAGACUCCAUCGAGUUGCUCAUUCAAUGCGGGAUUGAUUUCAAGAAGAAUUUGGAGAAGGGUGUCAGUUCAUUCCGCUUUGCUGAGCUCUUGAUGUCCUCUGGUGUUGUGCUGAAUGACAGUGUUCGAUGGGUGACGUUCCAUAGUGCGUAUGAUUUUGGGUACUUGCUCAAGCUUCUCUCUGGCCGGCAUCUUCCAUCGACGCAGGAUGGGUUCUUUACACUCAUUCAAAUUUUCUUUCCUGUGGUCUAUGACAUCAAGCAUUUGAUGAAGUUUUGCAAUGGAUUGUAUGGUGGGCUGAGCAAGGUGGCAGAGCAGCUCGGAGUCAAGCGCAUUGGGACUUGCCACCAGGCUGGGUCUGAUAGUCUUCUCACGGCCUCUGUGUUCCAAAGGAUCAAAGCCUUGUACUUCAAAGGGUCACCGAAGACUCAUUCUGGUGUGUUGUAUGGUCUUGGUGCUGACAGUUGAUACCUUGCCCAUUGAACAUAAGAUGAAAGAAGAAUAUAAUAGUAGAUAGUUAUGAAAACAAUAAGAUUUUGGAUGGGAGAAAAAAAAAAAAGGUGUCUUC